AUGGAGGUUGACCUGAGCCCCGAAGAGUACUUCCGCCAGCAAGCCGCGGCGCUGCUGCACAGCGUCGAGGACCCUCUAGACGACAACAAUAACAACAAAGAGUCCUGGUCUGAAAUCGAUGACAACAGUGGUGCUGAGGACAAUGCAGCGGUGCUUAAAAGGAAGCGCAUCCUGCGCCACGGCCGCAUGCGUCUGUCCGAGAUUAACGAGCGCUUCAGUGCGUCAAAGAAAAAGCUUGUCGAGGCCCGCAAGCACCAAUUGGAUCUCGAGAUGCAGCAGCUAAAGGACGGGACCCAUCCGCAGUACAAAGAGUUUAUCGAACAAGUCGAUGCGCGGUGGUCCGAUCGCCUGGCCAAAAUCGAACUUGAGAUGGAGAGCCGCCGCGCGCUGGCCAAAGUAAAGCUGGACUCGUCGCGCACAUCGGCAAAAAACACAUUCAUUGCGUCCAAGGGCGAGGUGCGUCGGGCCAUGGUCUACCGCCGCAAGAAGCAGAUGUGGGCCCUGACUGAUAACCUGCGCAACCUCGAGAGGAUCCGCGAGGCCAUCACCAACGUCGCAUUCCCGCUGUCCAAUCAGGCCGGGAUAAAAAUCCCCGAAAGGGGCACCAAAGCCUCCAAUGAAUCGGACCACCUGCUCAGCAUGCCAGACACGCACUUGGCCAGGAUUGACGAGGACGCCGAUGUGUCCGCCGUCUGCGGCAUCCCUGCGCUGCUCAACUACGCCGAAACAGAGAUGUCCGCGCCAGAGGACAGCGCUGCAGCGCGCAUCCCCACGCACAACGCAGCAGCCGCGAUCACCGAAGCUACAGACACCCGGGUGCCUAGGUCGCAGGUUGGCUACGCUCACGACGAUAUGGGCGCGGCAUAUGGAUACCAGGGCGUCGGUGCGGGUCACAAUGUCGCUGACGAGACUGUUUUGGUUGGCGGCACUGUUGCCACGUACGAGCCAGCGGAGAGCACGCGCGACUACGGCCGGGCAUACGCGGGCCAGCAGGCCAUUCCCGAUGCGCGCGCGGCGGCGUACAACGCGCAGGGCUCACGCCAUGGCUCGGUUGCUGCGCCGGUGGCGGUAGCUGUAGUGGCUUCCGCUACGGCUUCGGCCCUGACCUCGACCUCGGUUGGCGUACAGCCGUACGCAACGAGAAACCAGACGUACUACGGCGACUCUGCAUACCAGGCAAGCUACUACGACUCGAGUGGCCACAAGGCUCCAAAUCCCCGAGCGCCCACAAUGCAGCACAGUCCGUCUGUCACCGCUACUGUCACUGGUGUCGAGAAGUACGCGUAUGGCUCGAAGAGGCAUGCGCGGAUCAACGGCGCGACCGAGGAAUACCAGACGCCCGGAUACUAUUGCAGCAAUGGAACGACUACUGCGCCCGUGGCUGUGUCGGCACAGAACGGCUCUGUGGUGACCAAGCACAAAUAUCCUGCCGAAUUCGAUGAGGUUCCUGGAAAGCGGCAGCGUACAGUGCAUACGUCGAGUACGUGGCCGGCGUCGCAGUACUAUCAGCAGCAGCAAUACCAGCAUCAGGACGCUCGGUCGUGGAACGAACCCGUCUCAGCGACUGACAAGAGCGGCAACCCAAUGGUUGAUUCCGGUGCCACAAUGCAUUCUUAUGGCUAUGGCAGACAGGCAGAGUACCACCAAAAUUAUUCUAGUGUUGACGGCGAUGCUGCGAGCGGCAAUGCGUACCAGACGCAAUACUCUCAUCCACCGCCGCCGCCAUUGUCUGGUGACCAGGCGUACCAUUAUAGCCAACAGCAGCAGCAGCAGCACGACUACAAUCGUCAGGGCGUUUCGUCGUCGUACUACGGCUCUCAAAAGCAUGACUAUUCGGCAGAGUCAGCGGCGUACUAUCAGCAGCAGCAGCAGGCGCACUACCACAGCCAGGACAGUGGGUACUACCCGCCACAUUACCAGCAGACCGCGGCCACUAACGGAGCAACACCCCUGGCGGCAGGCUCGCACCACGCAGAUGCAGGCUACCACGCUCAGCACCACUAUGGCCAGCAGCAUCAGCACCAGCAGUCGGCAGCAGCUGGCGUGUACGCGGGAGGCGUCCAAAAGACACCUGCUGACUACCAUCCUCAGCGCCAUUCUCAUAAGCAGUACGCCAGCAACAGCAGUUACUCGGGAUUGGAUGCAGGCAUAUCCAUGCCAGCGCCCAGCAGCAGCAGUAACGCUUGGAGCAGCGACUACUACUCGCAGCAGCAGCCACAUCACUCGUCUGCGCAGGUGUACGAGUCGCAGCAGCACCCGCACUACCGCCAGCAGGGCCCGUCCUCCUAUCAUCACCAGAAACACGACUCGCACAGCGCAAUGGUUGUGGAGUAUGCCGGCGACCCUAGGGCAUACUACGGUGGCAGCCAAGCGAUGCACCAACAGCAGCCGCAGCCGCAGCCGCAGUCGCGUUCUGGGGAUCCGCGCGCUCACGGUGUGCCAGCGAUGGGUGCGGGCGCAGUUCCGUCGUACCACCAUCGCCAAGCGACCACUGGCGGCACCGAUGGGCACCAUUACUCGUCAUCGUCACUGACAAAUAUUCUCAAGUAA